CAGAAAGAGAGUUUUUUGAGUACCUGCCCCAGUCUCGCAGGCUAAUCGUCGGAUUUCGCUGAAAUGUCAAUAUUGAGGAUGGAAUCUGUGAAAAAGAACCGCCGUGCUUGAGAUUAAAGCGGGUGGGAGAAGGAGAAGUUUGGAAUAGGAUAGGAAAUAGGUAUGGUAUGACUGUCAUGAUUUAUAGCGGGGUAUUGAGGACAAUCAAACACCCCUAAAUGUAAGGAAACACAUUUGAGCACACUUUCAUUCAUAUUUAAACUGCCCGACAUUGUCCAAUUUACAGCUUCUAUCUUCGCACUCAUUGCUAUUCAAGAAGGCCUGUCAAUCGCACCAAUUCACACACUCUACCAAAAAUAUCAAAAUGCCUUUCUCAUAUCAACUCGUUUCCGUCCUCGCCGCUGUUGCCUUCACCUCUUCAGUCGAAGCGGCAAUGGGCCCAGCAUUCAGUACUGGCCCUGUCGCGGCGAACUCCUUCAUCCGCGAAGCAACCUCGACCCUCAUCUUACCUAAAGCCCCAAGCGGUUCCUCGGGCGACACAUCCCUCUGGGUCGGGAUGGGUACUUCCAAUGGCGACUUGAUCCAGUCCAUCGCGGACAACUGGCAGUCUAGCGAGUGGAGUAUCUUUGCGUACACGCUUAUGAAGACUGGGGCGAAUUCGCAGAUGCCUGUCCAAACCGCAGGUACUCCUGCUCAAGCUAGCAAUCAGGUGACGAUGCAUUAUAAAUUUGACGAUGCCAGCGGCAACUACACACAGACAGUGUCCGUCAACGGCAAACAGGUCGCUACACUUUCUACUAGCGACGGACACGCCCAAGGCUGGGGAAGUGCGGUCGAGUGCGCUGCGAAUGACUGUGGUACCGUACCCGCUCACUCGUGGAUCAAUACCACGAUUAUCAUGGACAAGGCGGAUCCAAAUUACAUCAAGACCCUUGGCAAGGGCCAGGGCGUCACAGGCGACAUGACGACUUCUGACGGGGGGAAAACGUGGAAAGUGAGUACUAUUAAGAUUCCCCAGUUCACGUUCGGCGGCUCUUAGAUGCGACGAAGAUUUAUACUGCCGCAACUGGGGGAUUUAGGAAA